AUGCUCAGUGAUGGGGUAACACAUGGAGCCAGGAUAGGAGAUAAGGUUUAUUCCGCUGCAGAUGGUUUCCAGAACAGAAUGGACAACAACCAUGAAAAUCACAGUUUUGCCAUGCAACUUGUCAAUGAAAUGAACAAUUCUCAUUUAUCUGAAUGGGACAUGCAUAGUCCCAGUUUUCAAUCUUUGACCAAUAGCAGAUUAUGUACAGAAGACAAUGUUGAUGAAUACAUAACUUAUUUAAAUAAGGUAUUCCGAAACAUGUGCCUGUCAUCUUGGAUUGAUGAAGAGCAAAAUCAGACUGUCUCCUUGGUGAAUGCCUGUUUUGAGUUGAUUGAAAGAUACCAACAAGACAGUCGUAUCCGAGAAGAUUUGGAAGCAAGAACUCGGCGCACUAUGAGUGAUUAUGAUCAACUGCAAACGGCUCAGCUUCGACUCAAAGAGGAUGUGGAACGACUUGAACGUGAAAUUGCACUCAGACAAGAAAAGGAGAAAGAUUUAGCUAGUAAAAAUAGAAAUCUUAGUUCUGCUAUCAAAUCUGAAAAAGAUGAGGUGAAGCGGCUGCAGUCUGUGAUUAAUCACAGAGAAUCUCAGUACAAGCAUGAAUCCAAGAAAAAAGAACGUGAGAGCAAUCGAUUAAAGGAAAAACUAAAUCAGGUCCUCAUGGAUAAAUCACAAAAGUUAAUUGGUAAUGAAGUAAUAAAUAUACUUCCCAAGACAGACACUAAAAGAGGUACCUGGAAAACAACUUCUAAACCUGAAGAAUUAUACAAAUUGAUGUUGCGAAACUAUGAAGAAAAACAGAAAGAAAUGAUGCAAGAAAACUUGGAUUUAAGGAGUUGCCUGGCUACUAUACAGCAACAACUCCAUUCCAUAGUUGAGUGUUACAAAGCCCGGUUGAGAUUCAAUUCUGGAAGUCUUGACAGCUCAUGUGAUGAAUCAAGCAGCUUUGAAGAUGAUAACCUGGAAGAUUUAAAUGACAAAUUCCAGAAAGUUGUUUGCAAUGGAGAAGUUACUGAUAUCAAUCCUCUUCCUUUUGAGAUGAGCAAAGAAGAAAUACUGAAGAAUUUUAAUAAAGCUUGCCAUAUCUUGAUGCAACUUCUCAAAAGAAAGUUAAAGGAAUCUGAAAAAAUCUCCAUGACCCUACCUUCUCCUGUUGUGGCUAAUAAUUCACACACUGAACUAGAAGUGCAAUUGUCAGAACUAAGGAAGGAAGUGGAUGAAUACAAGGACAUUAUUGAGCUCCAGGAUCAAGUUUUAAGGAAUGUUGUAGAAAGCAUGCCAGAAUCUCAACCCAACAAUUCUUUUCUGCAUGAGUCCCAACUACUUUUUGAGUAUGAAGAACUUAAAGCCAAGAAGCGGCUGUUCUUGGAAGAGAAAGAGAAUUUCGACAAAGAGCGAUUACUCUUCACAAAUGCUGCUAUCAGGCUUGCAGAGGAGAAACGAUCAUUUCAUGAUGAGAAAUUUCAACAGCUCAAACAGCAAAUCCUGGAUUUAACCCCACAGAGAGGGAGAAACAGGGCUAAGAAUUCUUCUUACAGUAAAGAAUAUGCUAAUCGAAUUCUUCCUAUGACUCCUUCUCAACACUCUGCAAACCAAAAACCUAACAAAUCAGACAUAUAUGAAACAAUUGAUUUAUGCCAGAAUCACUUUCAAAAUAGGAGUAAGUGUUCAUUAGAAAAUGUCACUUUGCCCGACUCUACACAGUCAUCAUCAUCAUACUGUCAUCAAUAUGUUCGCUCUCAAAGUUGCCAUGAAUCCUUCCAGCACAGUUUACCGUCCACACCCAUUAAAGACCAUCAUCAGAACACUUGUUUGUUACACUCUUCAUCAUAUACUUCUCCAUCAUGUCGAAGGCAAUCAGCUCCCAUCAAGUCAGUAUCAAAUCCCCAAGUUAUCUGUAAUAAUCCCAGUUUACAGCGCAAUGUGAACUUUACCAGUUUGACAUCUCUAAAUGACAAAAUGUAUUUACCUGAAUGUUUACCAAGGAUACGAAGUCAUUCAGUUGAUGAUCAAUGUUCAUCUCAGACUCAGCCAUGA